CAUUGGACUUCAGCAUGACUACUCAGUUGCCGGCUUACGUGGCAAUUUUGCUUUUCUAUGUCUCAAGAAUCAGCUGCCAGGACACUUUCACUGCAGCUGUUUAUGAACAUGCAGUGAUAUUGCCCAAUGUCACCCUAACACCAGUGUCUCGUGAGGAGGCUUUGGCAUUAAUGAAUCGUAAUCUGGACAUUUUGGAAGGAGCGAUCACAUCAGCAGCACAGCAGGGUGCGCAUAUUAUUGUGACUCCAGAAGAUGGUAUUUAUGGCUGGAACUUCACCAGGGACUCUCUCUAUCCAUACUUGGAGGACAUCCCAGACCCUGAAGUAAACUGGAUCCCCUGUAAUAAUCCUAACAGAUUUGGCCAAACCCCAGUACAAGAAAGACUCAGCUGCUUGGCCAAGAAAAACUCUAUCUACGUUGUGGCAAAUAUUGGGGACAAGAAGCCAUGCAAUACCAGUGAUCCUCAGUGUCCCUCCGAUGGCCGUUACCAAUACAACACUGAUGUGGUAUUUGAUUCUCAAGGAAAACUGGUGGCACGCUACCAUAAGCAAAACCUUUUCAUGGGUGAAGAGCAAUUCAAUGUUCCCAAGGAGCCUGAGAUCGUGACUUUCAAUACCAGCUUUGGAAGUUUUGGCAUUUUCACAUGCUUUGAUAUACUCUUCCAUGAUCCUGCUGUUACCUUGGUGAAAGAUUUCCACGUGGACACCAUACUAUUCCCAACAGCUUGGAUGAAUGUUUUGCCACAUUUGUCAGCUGUUGAAUUCCAUUCAGCUUGGGCUAUGGGCAUGAGGGUCAAUUUCCUUGCAUCCAACAUACAUUACCCCUCAAAGAAUAUGACAGGAAGUGGCAUCUAUGCACCCAGUUCUUCAAGAGCAUUUCAUUACGAUAUGAAGACAGAAGAGGGAAGACUCCUCCUCUCACAACUGGAAUCCCACCCAUCCCACUCUGUAGUUGUGAAUUGGGCUUCCUAUGCCAGCAGUAUAGAACCACUCUCGUCAGGAAACCAGGAAUUUAAGGGCACUGUCUUUUUCGAUGAAUUCACUUUCGUGAAGCUCGCAGAAGUUGCAGGAAAUUACACAGUUUGUCAGAAAGCUCUCUGCUGUCAUCUAAGCUACAAGAUGUCUGACAACCUAACAGAAGAAGUGUAUGCCCUAGGGGCAUUUGAUGGACUGCACACUGUGGAAGGGCUCUAUUAUCUACAGAUUUGUACCUUGUUGAAGUGUAAAACGACUGAUUUAAACACUUGUGGUGACUCAGUUGAAACAGCUUCUACCAGGUUUGAAAUGUUCUCCCUCAGUGGCACUUUCGGAACCCAGUAUGUCUUUCCUGAGGUGUUGCUGAGUGAAAAUCAGCUUGCACCUGGAGAAUUUCAGGUGUCAACUGAUGGACGCUUGUUUAGUCUGAAGCCAACAUCUGGACCUGUCUUAACAGUAACUCUGUUUGGGAGGUUGUAUGAGAAAGACUGGGCAUCAAAUGCUUCAUCAGGUCUCACAGCACAAGCAAGAAGAAUAAUGCUAAUAGUUAUAGCACCUAUUGUAUACUCAUUAAUUUGGUAGAAUAUUGACAUUUUCUGUUUUUUACUUGGGAUAAUUUAAAAAAUGAUGGAUAAGAAAAGAAAGAUUGCUCUGGGUUAAUACUGUUCUCUAGUAUAAGUGAAUUACUGAUUUCUCUUUAUUUAGACAAACACACACACACACCAGAUAAUAUAAGCUUAAUAAAUUAUCUGUUAAUGUAGAUUUUAUAAAAAACUGUAUUUGAACAUUGGUCUUUCUUGGAAGUGAGCUAAUUAUAUCAAAUAAGUAUUACAAAUCUUUUAUGCAGAAGAAAUAAAAACUACCGGUAAAAAACAUAUCAGAACUAUCAUAAAAUUUACUUACAAGAAGGCUGCUCUUGUUACCACUUUUAUUAUAAUACAUAUCACUUAUUCAGCUCUGUUGAAAAUUUCCAAAGGUUUUAUUUGUUUGCUAUUUUAGUUUUUUACCUAAACAAUGCAUUUUGAUUCUCUUGCGGUUUGAAUAAUGUCUCCCAAAAAUUUACAUGUUGAAGUACCUCAGAAUGUGAUUGUAUUUGGAGACAGGGUCUUUAAAGAGGUAACAUAAGGUCAUUAGGAUGGACCCUAAUUCAAUAUGACUGGUGUUCAUAAAAGAAGAGGUGAGUAGGGCACAACAGGCUCAAAGGGAGACCUUAUGAAGACACAAAGGAAAAACAACUCUUUACAAGCUAAGGAGAGAGGCCCUCAGAAUAAACCAACCCUGCCAACACCUUGAUCUUGGAUUUCCAGCCUCCAAAACUGUGAGAAAUACAUUUCUGUUGUUUAAGUCACCCAGUUCAUGGUACUUUGUUCAGCCCUGGCAAACGAAUCAAAGACCAUUCCUGUUCCUCUCUCCACCACUACUGUUUUCUACCAUAAUCUGAAGCUUCAACAAAAGGCUUACCUGGUAAGAGUAUUCAGCUGAUCUGGGUCCCCAAGACUCCAACAGACACUCUUAGAGAAGGAUUGCUGAUGGAUUGAUAGUGAAACCAUUAGAUCACUGAAUUCCUCUGGAAUUAGAAAAUCAGAGAGUCCCAUUUUAAGAAGUUAGGUAUUUAGUCUAGCAUUAUGUGUUCUAUUUUAGUAACAGCAGAAUCUCUUGACAUUACACAAUUCAGUGAAACAAAGAACAUCAUUUAAGCCAAAACAUCUCGCAAGGUGACUAAUAGACUCUGAGCACUAAUAUCAUAGUACUGUGAUGAUGGACAAUUACAUAGCACCAAUAGCAGCCAUGCACUGUGCAAAGCAUGCCUUUCUGCACAGGAGAGCAAGGCACUUGCAGCAGUGAUCUAUGCCAGCAAAACAUCAUUUUGAGACAAACAUUUUUGUGGCAGAUGUUCUUCCUAAAAAGUACUAUAUCAUCCAAGAAAUAUUUGAGUAAAAUCCCUUGUGCUUUUGGGUGACAUUAACUGACAUUAGCUUUUUUUCAAGACCUAAUAGAAAAUAAGAAAACCCAUAAUGUAUUUAGAAACAGGAAUCCACAGAGCAAGUCUCCAUACUCUCAUAUAAUUUCAAUGUAAAACAGAAAACAUAUUGAUGUGUUGGUGAUAGGCUUGAAUUAUUAAAAGCUUCAAAAGAAUUCUAAAUGUUUCUUUUCUGCUCAACAUUGACAACUAUGGUAGGUCUCCCUUGUGGUGUAAUGAAUUGCCCCCAAACUAAUAUCUUAAAACAACAAAGAUUUAUUACCUUAUAGAGUUUCUGAGGGUCAGGAUCCAGGACUGGCUUAGUGGAGUUGUUCUGAAUUAGGGCCUUUGUAAAGUUGUAGUUAACUUGUCCCCAGGGCUGCCAUCAUCUCAAGGCUCGGGUAGGGCUGGAGAAAAUCUGUUUCUAAGCUCACUCACGGUUGUUGUCAGGCCUCCAUUCUGUAGGAUGCUAGAAAAACUUUCAUAAAAUGUCAUCUGGCUUCUCCUAGAGCAAUGAUACUGAGAGAGAAAGCACAUGAGAGAAAGAACGAGGGAACUUGGAUGUAAGCCACAGUCUUUGAAAGCCUAAUCACAGAAGUGACAUCUCUUCUUUCACACGAUAUUGGUCACAUGGACCAACAAUGGCACAAUGUGGACAGAACAAACAGAGUUGAGAAUAUCAGGAGGUGGGGCUUCAUGGGGGCCAUUCUGGAUGCUAUCACAGUGAAUAUAUGUAUUUAUAUUUACAUAUGUAUAUAUUGCAAUGUAAUUUUAAAAAUAGGAUUGUUUUUCUUUUCUUUUUGCUGUAUGUGAUAUGUAUUUCAAAAUACACUCCCAAUAGUCAUAUCUAUUAGAAAAGUACUACACUAAAAAACUUUCUAUAUGUUGUAUAAUUAAAUUAAAUAAU